AUGGCGAGCUCCCGAAUUGGCGGUCGCAAACGUGAGACGUUGAAAAGCAAAACAAUAGACUCUAUAAACGCCAGUAAAGCUUUAGACGAAUCAUCGGAUGUUGAAAUAUUAUAUCCUCCUCCUCAAGUCAAACUAGAACCACAUUACGAAGAUAUCACGAUCGAAACAACUACAGCUGAUGAUCUUGCUGAUUCCAUUAAGACAGAAGAAUACACUAUUACAGAGUACACUGAUACAGCAAAUGAUGAAGAAAACUAUGCCAACACCGCAGACAAAGCUUCCCCGGGCACGCUCAUCGACAACUCAUCGGACGAAGUAAGCUCAGAUACUGAAGAAACUUCUGCCAUCAAAUCUCAACCAAGUUCAAAGGCUGUCGCAUCGAUCGCGUGCGAUCAGUGUGAGCGAUCGUUUGUGACACGGGUACAGCUAAAAAACCAUAUGCGUAUGCACAAAAUAAGCGAGUGCCCAAUAUGCAAGAAAUCGUUAAAAAGAGCCUCCUUCAAGGUACAUCUGGCCGCACACGAAGCCAAGUUCCGGUGUGACAUCUGUGAAGCUCCGUUCGGCAGUUUUAACAGCUUGCAAUCGCACAAGGAUCUACGCCACGCGACCAAAACACAAUCGGGCGAUGAAACGUUUUCCUGCAGUAUGUGCGAUCGAAAGUUUACUAACAAAACGCAACUAUCGUGCCAUCGUAAGCAGCACAAACGCCGGCAAUGUCCGAUUUGUAUGCAGCAGGUACCGAGUAUGAUUCUGCAAGGACACAUUGCCAUCCAUCAGCAGGCACACUAUUGCGAUCUUUGCAAUCGAUCGUUCGCAUCGGCCAGUAUUUUAACGCGCCAUAAAAGGGUGAAACAUUCGACGGUGAAGCAGUCGGUAUUGGUGUGCGAACAGUGUGGUCUUGCCUAUCCCAGUGCGGCCAAGCUGCACAAUCAUCGCAAGAUGCACCAGCGGAAAGAGUGUCCUAUUUGUAAGAAAACAUUUCGGCCUAACAAGAUUAAGGAACAUCUGGCAUCGCAUAAUGGUGCGUUCCGUUGUGAUAGUUGCCGUAAAUCAUUUACCACCAAGUACUGCUUGAAUAGGCACAGCCGCCGUCACAGUACUGUCUAG